CAGACAUGCGCAUUGACGUCAAGCUGUUAGCUUCCCAACGACAUGUUUAUUGUUCGAGCAGCACUACAAUGUCCUAGGCUUGUGUUUAAGUUUGACUAGUCCAAUAACCCUCAUAGUUAUCUGUUCCUAAUAUAUAGGUUACAAUUUGCAGACAAGUAUUGCACGAGAAGGACAAAUCAGCUCGUGAGGGGCCACACUGACAACCAAGGAAGUAUCUAUCUUAAAGACACAGCCCCAGUAUCUGGCACCACCAUCACAAUAAUAGACUAGCUGAUUACAUAAGCGUGUGACCAACUGUAAAGUUGAAGAUCAUCACUUAGGAGAGCCUCAUCAGAGCCGAAACUACAACAAAGAUGGGGAACAGUGCAAUCAAAGCCCAUCUGGAAAAUUCACAGAAGACUGGGAUCUUUCAGCUGACAGGGAAAGGUCUCCCUGAGUUCCCUGAGGAGCUCCAGAGGUUAACUGGAAACCUACGGACUGUAGAUCUGUCUUCCAACAAGAUUGAAGUGCUGCCUCCCGCCAUAGGAAACUUCCUUCAGAUGAAGAGUCUGACUUUAAAUUUUAAUAAACUCACAAGUCUCCCAGAUGAAAUUGGGAAGCUUAAGAAACUAGAGACCCUUUUGCUGAACGGGAACCAACUGACACAGCUCCCUAGCUGUGUAGGACAGUUGAAAGCGUUGCGCACACUCAGCCUGUCUGGGAACAAGUUCCGGGAGUUUCCUGGCGGCCUUGGCUCCCUACGACACCUGGACGUCCUGGACCUGUCCAAGAACCACAUCCAGGCUGUACCUGCUGAGGUAGCGGCCCUGCAGGCCAUCGAGAUCAAUCUCAACCAGAACCAGAUUUCAGUGGUGUCUGCGGAGGUGUCCACCUGCCAGAGGCUAAAGGUGCUGAGACUGGAGGAGAACUGUCUAGAGCUUGCCUCCAUCCCUGUGUCCAUCCUCACCAGCUCCCAGGUGUCUCUGCUCUCUGUGGAGGGCAACCUGUUCGAGGUGAAAAAUAUGCGGGACCUGGAAGGGUAUGAGAAGUACAUGGAGCGCUUCACUGCAACCAAGAAGAAGUUUGCCUGAAGAAUAGAGAGGGAGCAUCCCCCUGAGUCCAGCUUGUGCACUACACCCAAGCACCCUCCCUAGUGGUUGUCUUACUACAGUAUAUAUGGCUUCUGCACUACAGCAACAGGUUACAACAGCAAGAACCACAGUAGAAUGAGUACUGAUUGAGUGCAUGCUAUGAUCUGUGUAUGACAGCAACAGGAUACCAUGAAUGGAUAUAGAGAACUAUGUGAACAGUGGACGAUAGACAGUGCAUUCACUUACGAUAUUCAUAGAAAUUGCAUCUUGAAUACUAAUUUACAAACAAAACCGUUAGCAGGUUAUACUGAAAUAGUAUAGUGGGCUAAAAUGUCCCUCUACAUUGGCUUUUAACUGCAUAUAAAUGAGCAAACAAUACAAUUGGUUCAGUAUCAAGCAGUGUUUUGCCUGUCAGAUAGUAUUUGUGCCGUGACCAGCAAGCGAAUGAAAACUGUAGUACAGAAUGUCAAAGCAGUGACAAUUGCACUACAUAGACCCAGAAUGAGAAUGAUUUUUAAAGCUCCAUUUUGCAUUUUAUUUUUUUUAACCUUUUUUAACUACGCAAGUCAGUUAAGAACAAAUUCUUAUUUUAAUGACGGCCUAGGAACAGUGGGUUAACUGCCUGU